CACCGGUUUUGAAAGAUCGAAGGACCUACUCUCUUACAAACAUGAUCAAGAAUGUCAUGAUGUUGGAUGGCUAGAGUUGACGAUUGUUUGUUUAUUUAAUUAUACUUACACAUUUCAAAAUGACCUCUGAUAUCCCAAAAUCUUUGGCAUUCGAGCAGUCCGAGGGCGACGCGCCAAAUGAAGCCACCUUCAAAAAUGCAUCAUCAAUUAUAACUGGAAAUUCUGCCUCUGUUAAUCUUCCUGAUAACAAACUGGUGUGUGUGGAAUAUCCUGGAAUUUUCAACAAUGUUGACAAAAUGUUGGAUACACUUGGGGGUGAAAGGGGACUAACCAAGACCUACUCAGACUCGAUGAAGCGUCUUGAACUCCGCUAUCGCCCCAAAGACCCAUACUGCCAUCCACUAUAUGGAAACCGGUAUCCUUCCACCAACCUCCUGCUGCGGAUUCGAAGACGAGUUCGCAAAGGAGACAGUCAGGAAGUUCAAAUCAGCAUGGAAAUCCUUGGUGUUAUUGAGACAACUUACAAGUUCCAAGCAAUGGCAGAAAUCCAGUAUCUUGCUGCACACUCAGAACCAGACAAGACCUGGACUUCAUUAUACAACAAAGUGAUUUUGCACCAGCCUGAAAAAAAGGAGUUUUUCGACCAGAAUGUGCCUCUCUUUCUGCCCCCACCUAUCUUCUCUCGUCUGGACAACUCUGUAGACUACUAUUACCGGCCAGACAUACAGCACAAAGAGGGCUGUGGUCCACCGGUGGCCUCCAGCGAGAACCUGAUAGGCCUCAGUCGAGCGCGGCGGCCACACAACGCCAUCUUUGUACCUUUUGAAGAGAAGGAGAUUCCCUCUGAACCCCUGGAGGCCGCCAAGCUGAACUGGAAGAAAGUCAGCAUCCAUCCUUGUGAUAAGAGGGUGGAAGAAGAAAUUCGAAAGUUGUUUGAGAGACGGCCCAUCUGGUCCCGUAAUGCGGUCAAGGCCAACAUCGAUGUGCAUCCGGAAAAGCUGAAGUUGCUCCUGCCCUACGUGGCAUAUUACAUGUUGACUGGGCCUUGGAGGAGCUUGUGGGUGAGAUUUGGCUAUGACCCUCGGAAAAAUCCAGAAGCGAAAAUCUACCAAGUGCUGGACUUUCGAAUACGCUGUGGGAUGAAACAUGGAUACGCUGCUGGAGACAUGCCAGUGAAAGCAAAACGAAGUGCCUACCACUACAGUCUGUACACGUCAUUUAACAAAUCAGGUCCCCCACCUGCCAGCCUGAAGGAUAUUACUGAGGAGAACCCCAGUUCUUCACGCAGGUCUGGUGAACCCCGCCACAGGCUUAAGGAAUCCAUAUUUAGGUUUCACGAAGGGAUGCUUCCGCCAUACAGGCAGAUGUUCUACCAGCUGUGUGACCUGGAAGUGGAUCAAAUUCAGAGCAUCAUCCACCGUAACGAUGGGAAGGAAGAAGUUUGUGAUGAGCGCGACGGCUGGUGUAUGGCCCGCACGGCUGAUGAGCUCCGAGACAUCAUGUCCCUCAUGAUCAAAAAGACCAUCCGCGAGUCCAAGGGACACAGCACAGCUGGGCUGUUCCACACUCCUAAGACUAAAGAGAAGUCUGUGACUGGCAUUAGUAAAAGAGACUACGAUGAGGAGGAGGAAGAUGAUGAGGACGAAGAGUACCAGCCCUCUGAUGGCAGCGAGAACGAGAUGGAAACAGAAAUACUUGACUAUAUGUGAAUCUUGAAACCAGAACUGUAUAUAUUUUUGCACUGUUUUGUUACAGAUGAAUAAAUAUUUUAAGCAAAAAACAUGUUA